CCCAAUUCGUGCCCUAAAAGCUCUGAUUUCUCCUACUCUUAGCCGCAACAUGCUAAACACUCCCGUUUUUCUUCCUUUCUCCUUUCGUUUUCUCCCACCUAAUUCACUUUUCUUGACUCACUCUCCGAUCCCAGUCUUUCCGGUGCGAUGUCCAAAUGGUUUUCUCUAAGUUCAGAUUGGUAUCUGUUUUCGACGGCGUUUUAGGUUCCUUUGACAUGUUCGGCGGCUGCAGUGAAUCGUCUUCUAUUUAUAGUUCGCUGUUGUUAGGGCUUCGGUGAUGGAUGCUCUUGAGUUGAAUUAUCCGGUGGAUGUGGCGGCGCCGAAGCUCAUGGGACCUGACGGCUCUGUUAGAACCGGGAUAAUAAUCGAGGAGGUUCAGUUGUGCGAAGCUGAUCGUGGUUCUGCCCCUCCUAGCUAUUCGUUUCAGCAUUUUAGCUCGUACGGUAGUCAAAAAGUUGGGACGAGCUCUAUCAAUGAUUUGGGUUCUGUUUCUUUGGAUGAGAUUCAUGAUGGGGCAGUUUCUAAGGAUGGUGAAGAUACACCUGAAGAUUUUGAGAGUAGGAACAAAAGAAGUCACUUGUCCACUUCAAGUCCAGGAGUACAGCAACGUAAAUCGUUAAAGGUCUCAAGGAGUAGUAGCAGUAGUUUAUGUUCUAAGAGGCGUUUGGUUCAAUUGGAAGAUUCUUUAUUACUAAGUGGGGCUGAUGAAGUAAAAGAUACGUCUGACAAGCUUGGAUCAUAUCUUAAAAAGUGCGGCUCUCAUGAGAAGCCUCAAUUGAUGAAACAGAAAAGCAGCGUAAGCAGCAAGCGGGGUGAUAAGAGAAAUCUCAAAGUGUCAUUGAAGACCAAAUUUGAUUCACUCCCUAUAAAUGCUGGGAAUGGCUCAGCUACCGCAGGGUGCAUUUUUUUCGGACUAUAUGGGCUGAAAUCAGAUGUUCAUGAUUUCACAAAGCUUACGGAUGAUCCCCCGCUGAAUGAUCUUCUUGAUGGCAGUUAUGACUAUUCUAGUUUAAGUAAAGCCAAAGGUAAAAAAGACACAAAUGUAAAUGAAUGUUUUCUGCAGUCAAUUAGAAAAGCUUGUUCUGUUCUUCAGCUCCCAUGGCCUGUCCAUCCACAAAAUACUGCGGAGUCAGAGAGUUGUUCUAAUAGCAAACCAUCCACAAGUCUAGUUAGUUCUGUUUCAAGCAUGGAAGAAGGGGUGAACUUCGAUGCAAAAGAACUUAGUACAACAGAUGCACCUUUAUUAAGCAAGGUGCAAGAUGCUUGUAGCAAUUCUGAAACUUUGACCAACGUACUUGAUUUUAAGUUGUACAAACCAGAUGACAUGUUUGUGAAAUUGGGCCUUCCUCUACCAAAGGAUUUGGAAUCUUUGCUCCAGGAUGCCAGCAAGUCCUCUGUAUCUUCAAAGAAUGCAACAGAUUUGCGUUCUGCAAAGCAACAAUCUCGUCGAGCAAUCUUGCAACCAUUUCCGUGGUCACAUUCUUUUAAUGGGCACUCUAAAGCAAAUUCUGAUUCAUCCAAGUUUUCUGCAAAUAGAACCACAUGUACCGGUAGGUGGUGGCGAGUCGGAAACUUUGCCAAUAUCCCCACUGCUACUGCUGAUUGUUUUACAAAAAACUUGGAAUCAUUGAUUUUUAACCAGAGUUUAUUUCCUUCAACAAUGAGAGUUGGUCCUGAUGAUGGAAAGUCCUCCUCUGUAUCUGUUAAUCAUCAUCAAAGUGGAUGGGAUUCCCUGUCUUCUGCAACUUGUUCGAAAGCUUCCUCUAUGCUUGUGGAUUCUCGAGGGAAGAUGAAUCGUGAGGCAAAUGAGCCGCACUGUCCAAGAGUAAUGGCUGCUGCUCAAACUCUCUACGAUAUUGCAACUCGUGCUGCAUUGAGGCAAAACAUAGACGGUAUAGUAAAGUGGCCAAAAAAGCCUUCACAAAAGUCCAUGAAGGCUCGAAAGUUGAAAUCAGAGGAAACCGAAGAAUUAUAUGCCGCACCAACCACAUACGGAUUAUGGUCCAACAAUUCAUUUAAAAACGAGGGCCAAUUGCAUCCCUCGAAGAAGCCAAAGCCAGGAACAGUAGAGAGCAGGAGAGACAUUACUCAGACAAAUAAUAGAAAGGGACCAUUGAAUUGGGCUGCGACCAAAUCGAGUAGAUCGUCCCCAAGUAAGUUCGUUAGAGAUUCGGUUUCGGAAGCUAAACAUUCAACCUCAGGCGUAGUAAAACAAUCAUCAAUGAUGCCUCCUCCAGCAACUCAUUUGUCCAAGGCUAGCGAGGGACAACAAAAGACGCGAAAGUUAAUGCUCAUGGAUUGGAAAAGAGGAGGAACAGAUUAGAUUGAUCAAGAAACUCUACAUUAUUUAUAUAUCCCUUUCCAACAAAACGCUGCUAUUAAAUUAGAACCACUCCUCUGGGCUAGGAGUGGCUAAACUGGUAGGUUGUUUGUGUACAUAAUAUUGUUGUAAGUGGCUGAUUGAUAUGAUUAUUGUAAUGGUCCGUCCUGAAUAGUGACACGCUUUCUAAUUGUUGUAACAUCACCUUCAUUCCAGAACGCAGUAGCAAAUUCCUUGCCACUGUGUGCAAAAGUAUUUGACGAGUCAAUAGAAAUUUUAGUUCUUAUUA